UGCCAAUGUUAACUGCACGUUGAUGGUCAAUAAUUAGCCGUUGAUGAAAAAAGAUGGAACUAGGCUGAGGUUGCUAGGCAACGUCUGUCGUUCUAGUCGGAACUAUAAAUAAUAGAACGCAGUAGACCUAUUAAAUCAUAAACUUCUCGAGAUAUUUGUCAAAUGUUCUUAAAGGAAUCCCCCCCCACACACACACACACACAUCACAGACUGUCACUGACCUCUGGGUACAGCUGUGAAUCCGCAUCACGGGUGGAGUUAAACAAGACGCCUAUGUGACAUGUCUUGACUGUUGCUGGCUACAACCAAUAAGGACAUGAUGUGUCCUCCCGUGGUGCUCUUUUGUUUCCUCCUCAUCAUGAGUGAAGGCUUUGCAGUAAGCAACAGACCCCGCAGGAGUGUUUCCUUUCAAGACCUGAACUUGAAACAGUUUAAAGAGUCCGGCUUUGGUAGCUUGAGCUCUUUGAUGAUACGUGACGACAUCGGCCAGCUUGUUGUCGGAGCCAGAGGAAAAGUGCUCACCCUCAGCUUGGACGACAUCACCCAAAAGACCAGUGAGGCUAAUUGGACGGUCAGUUCAGCAGACAAUGCCCUCUGUCAGACCAAGGGCAAGGACACUAAGGAAUGUGAUAACUUCAUCCGGACUCUACACACAAUGGAGGAUGGUAAAAUGCUAGUGUGUGGGACAAACGCUUUCAACCCUGAAUGUGACUAUAUGACUUUCACCAAUGGAAGCAUCUCUCUGGAGGGAAGUAAGCAUGUGGGUAGGGGGAAAGUUCCUUAUGACCCUGACCAACGCUUUGCUUCCCUUAUGAGUGAAAACACUUUGUACUCGGCCGCUUACUCCAACUUUCUGAGCACAGAACUGGUGUUUCAGAGACAUGGACUGAACCCUCUCAAGACUGAAAUGAUACGCUCUUGGUUCAAUGAGCCUACCAUGAUUUCCAUAAGCCUUGUUGAAGCGAGCAAAAACAGUGAGGACGGUGAAGAUGACAAUGUAUUCUUGUUCUUCACUGAAACUGCUGUAGAGGAACGUCAUGACAACAUCCAGGUGUCAAGGAUUGCCCGUGUGUGUAAGAGUGAUUUGGGGGGCGAAAGGACCCUGCAGAGAAAGUGGACUUCUUUCUUAAAGGCCCGUUUAGACUGUCCAUUUGGCGGUGCUGGCUUGUCAUCCCUGGUCCAGGACGCUUUUCUUCUCCAAGACCCAAAUAACUGGAGGAAUAGCAUCUUCUACGCCACAUUCACCACCAACUUGGAGUCCUCCGGUGCUUGCAGCCAGUCUGCUGUCUGUGCAUACAAGCUGUCAGACAUCAGCCAGGUGUUCAGCGGGAGGUUUUUGGCUGAGAUGGAUACUGGGAGGUGGGACACAUACAGAGGAGAGGAGCCAUUCCCUCACCCUGGUUCAUGCAUUAACGAUGAACUGCGAGCCAAAGGUAUGAUGAGCUCUCUGGACUUCUCAGACAAAUCUCUGCAAUUUGUGAAGAGCCACCCUCUGAUGGAGGGGGUAGUCACACCGAUUGCUGGGAAGCCUCUGUUGGUGCGCACAGGGAUACGAUUUUCCAAAAUUGUCGUGGACCAGGUCACAUCACUGGAUGGACGACAGCAUCAAGUUUUGCUUAUUGGCACAGACUCUGGUUGGCUGCAGAAGGCAGUGAGGUUUGAUGGUGAGGACGGCCGCGUCAUUGAGGAGCUGCAGCUGUUUCAAACUCCUCAGCCUGUCAACUUUCUCCAGCUUUCCUUCAGAACAGGCCAGCUGUACAGUGGCGCCAAUAACAUUGCUGUUCAAGUUAAUGUAAGGGACUGCAGCCGCUACACAUCAUGCGAUGACUGCCUUCUUGCCAGAGACCCAUACUGUGGCUGGGACAAGUUUAGAGCCCAGUGUGUGUCUGUUGUUGGCGCAUUACUUGGGUCUAUGAUUCAGAAUUUGACAGAUGGAGACAACCAGAUGUGCCCCGUCUCCAAGUUGAAAAACAAACCUGCCAUUGUUUACCUCAUCCCUGGGUUAGUGCAGUUCCUCCCAUGUUCGCCUGAGACAAACCUCCCGAUCAGCUGGCACUUCUCUGAAAGCAUCAUCCUUACCGGUCCCAGACACACUGUGCUUAGCCAGGGUCUCAUCAUCAGGCCCUCCAAUUCUGAUUCUGGCAUUUACACCUGUGAAACAGUGGAAACAGUAAAGGGGAAAGUGCAUCGGAAGACUGUGGUCCAGUACUUUGUUGAAGUUCAGGACACUAACAAUCUUUUCAGGACAUUGAGGGUGGCUGUAAUCACCUUGGCGGACUUAUCCUGCUUGCUGAUGUUGCUCAUGGGCAGCGCCCUUGUGAUCAGACACUUAAAAGCAAAAAAACUGAAUCACAUUGGUUGUGGCAAUGCAAACAACAACAAUGAAAUGAUCAUUGUAAGGCCUUUUUGUCACUAUGACCAGACUUUGGAUCGACACGUGGAGGAAGGGUUGGUUCACUGUGACCAGGCAAGGGAGCAGAGUGGUGAGACUAUACUCGUUCUCCCAGGAUGCCCUGUGGCAAAAGUGGCCGAGGAGGAGUUGGGGGCAGACAAUGACAACAGGUGCACAUUAAUUGAGACCACAGGAUGACCUCCUCCUUUUACAGUUAGCAUGUAUGUUUCAAUAAACACACAAAAAAAACAUAACAAUAAUAUCUAAGGUGAGUGAUUGUUCAGAUUGCAAGAGCAAAAUGGAAAAUGGAACAAUGCUGUAACAAUCUAUAAGGUGCAUCCAAUGGUGAACUAAUGUCUAAGUCUGAUCUUUAUUGUUUUCACGAUUUACUUUAUAACAGGUGGGAGAAAAUGUUUUGCUGGAAUAAUCCGUCUAAGUCCCUAAAAUUAAAAAAUGAUCACCGGGAAAAACAAGUGCAUGUUGCAAUAGCCACUUAAACCAAAAGACACUGUGCACUACUACAGAUUGAAAUACAUUUUAGGCCAAAAGAAAGCUGUUCAAUGGUGUAUGCUCAGAAGAUUGACCCUAACCCUGUACAGCAAUUUACACGGACGCCCAUAGUUGUUUUAUUUAUUGUUUAGUAUAUUGAAAGGCAGAGGAAUGCCCAAAAAUGUUGUUCCAUUAAUCUGGAUUUUACUAUGGCCUUUCCAACGGACCUCGAUUCUUCAGAGAAAAAGUAUACAUGUCUUACUUGUUCUUUUUACAUUGUUAUGUUGGUUUAAAUAUAUGGUCUGUAAACCAUUACUUAGUUUAGUGUAUUAGUUUAUAAUGUCAUGGAUAGUCCCCCUUAAUUAACUGUACAGAAAAAGAAGAGCUUUAGCAUAUAGUCACCUAUUGAACUAAUAUUUACAAAACUAAUUAAGCAGGCAACCUUUAAAACAAGGGUAGACAUCUGACUAGCCCACUUCAGAACCAGACAAGAUGUGAAUGCAAUUUUUCAAUGAGCGAUAAGGGUGUUAUUUACCCUGUCUGUGUGUACACCCCCAAUUUUGCUCCAAACUCAUUUAUUAUACAACUAUGUUGGUUAUAUUUGAUGUAAUUUGAAAUGUCAAGUGAAAUAUUUUUUGAUCUUGAACUUUAAAAAGAACUUAAUCAGAUGAGAUGAGGUUCCAUGGUCUGUCUGACCUUUGUACCACUUCCACUGUUUAAAUGGGCUCUUAAUUUCAGAGUUACUCAGCCUGGCACCUGUGGUUUGAAUUGGCUAGAACCAAAAGGCUUAAAUACAGGCAACAAGUUGUCAGUUAUGUUCAGCCUUGGUCAAGAACAUAAUUGAGGACAAUAGGAAACAGCUGGGAAGGACCAACUGCC